AUGCGUGAUGAAAAUAAAUGUCCACAAGAUGAAGUUUCAUUUGAAAUAAAUGAUAUGUCAAUUAAUCAAUUACCAACAAAUUAUCCAUUAUUAAUUAUUCAUUAUGAUCGAAAACAAUUACCUAAAGAUACUGAAGAACGUUAUUGUGACUGUCCAUCUUAUAUGAAACUUGAUGAUUUAACAAGAUCAUAUUUUACUGUGACGGAAAAUUUUUUGGGUGAGAUAUCACUUUUAAUUAAACCAAUAAUUAAUGAUGAAAAACGUCAAUCAAUAUUCAGUCGUUCAACGACACGAAAAAUAUUUAGCUUAUUAAAUAGUCAAUAUAUUAAUCAUGAAGGUCGUUCAAAAGUUCUUGAAGCAACACGUAGUCUUGGUGAACAUAUCUGUAUUGAUUGUAUUCGUCAUUAUCAAAAUCCUCAACUGUUAAAAGAUAAUCUUGAGGCAGCUAUUCGUUUACCAAGAGGUCAUUUUCCUGAACCAGCUAUGCAAGAAAAAGUAUUAAAAACAAUUUUAUUGUUUCUUAAAUGCUGCCAUCCAAUAACAUCCGGUGAAGAUCUUUUCGAAUCUAUGGCACAACUAGUACAAAGAAAGGAUCCAUAUGGCAUUCUUUCAAGUGUUCACGAUAUUGUCCAUUUACUUUCUAUUGCACCUUGUUGUUUUCAAAUGGUAGAACAAGCUGACAGCUCUUCAUCAAUAAAACUUAAACCGGAAUUUCAAAAUUAUGAAAGUAUUCGUCGUGAAUAUGAUUCAUGA